CUUCAAUAUUUUUUUUAUAAUUUUUUCAUUACAUGAAAAAUUUCAUUUUCACAUAAAAGCAUAAAAAUCUCGACUUUCUCAGCGUCUAACAAAAAAUUCACGGUUACUAUUUAAUUUCACUCAAUUAGAAGAUUGGUUUAUUAAGUUAGGACAUGUGCGCAUUUAGAAACAUAAUUAUGAAAUCGCGACGACUCAAGUAUUUGUCGUAUCCCCGAGAGCGAAUCGACUGGAGCAAGCCAGAAUGGAGGUUAACCACAGCAUUAAAACGUUACAGGCCAACCAAGCGUAUAAUUCAGCUGGCGAAGCCGGUUAAUCGAGGAAUAGGAAAGGUCUACUCAGUCCCGUCAGAAAAGAAACUGAGAAACACGAUAAGUUACCAACCUUCACAACGUCUUCUGGAAUUGGCGGUCCCGCCAGUGAAACCGCCGGGUAAUAGAGAUAAACGAAAAAAUCCCUAUCGCAUACCACCGAAAGCAUUACGCGCCAAACCCACAGCUCGUCUACUGGAAUUAGCAGAGCCAAAGGAGCACGAUUACCUUGAGCCCCUUAACCCUUGGUCCAUAUCAAAAUCGGCACUAAGAGCUAAGGCGUCUCAAAGAAUCGAAAUGCUCUCCAAACCUAAGAAAUACAACUAGUAAACCAUAUAAAAUUUCUGUUUCAAAUCAUUCGUCAUUGAUCAGAAAAGUCCGAACGGUAUGU